AUGGAAGCCUACUUAACACAACCCAAACUUCGAAGUAACUCAUCUCAGAAGCCACAACUCGAAGAGAAGAAAAAUGGGGGAUUUUUAGUUCCUGCUUGGGUGGCAACAGUUCUGCGGAAGAAAUGCAUCGAGAAGCGAUACGGUUUUGUGCUAGAAUGGAUGAAAAUGGCAGAACAGGUUUGUCAGUAUCGUUAUCAAAAGAUGCCCGCAAUUUCCCGACAACGGCGACUUGACGAGAUAGAAGUAGGCGAGAAUAUCAAAGCCAUCUACGAUGAGACAUACAUAAAGCCCGAAGGCAAAUAUCGUUAUAGAUUUCUGGAGUUAGUAAACGAGGAAAUCGCGGUUGCAUAUGACAGAACUAUCGAAAGCCAGCUUGCACUACCGCACCCGCAACAUUUCCUCAGAGUUGAUAUUGGCAUAUAUAUUGUCAUGGAAUCUUCUUAUAGUCUUCACGGCAUGCUUGCAUCAAUCAGAGCACGUGGCUGGAACUGGUUGUACGUUCGAUCUUGCAUUGGGUAUUUCUUUGCUCAUUCCGAACCGUCUAAGCGGCUAUUAGCAGUUUGA